AUGCGCGGCGUGUUUCUGACGAAGUCAGUCUGGUACGUCGUGAACCGCGAAACGUCUCCAACCUUCACCGACACGCGAGCUUCCGACGAGUACGUCAAGGCGAGCAACAUCGCGUUCAAGUUGAUGUUGCUCUACAUGGACGCCGACUACCACCAUGUGGUCGACAACUGUGAAGAAGCAUGGACAGCGUGGUCGCGGUUGAAGAUGCUCUAUGGUGGGUCGCAGAAGGCGGGACGCAUCUACCUCAAGCGCCAGCUGUUCAGCAUCAAGAUGGCGGAAGGUGCCAACGUCUUGCACCAUUGCAACGAAGUCUUGAACAUCGGCGCCAAGCUCAGCAGCAUCGGUGCCAAGAUGGAAGACGAAGACAUUGCGAUCUGCUUGCUGCUCAGUCUCCCGAAGAGUUUCGAGAACGUGGUUCUGAACUUGGAGAUGAGCAAUGCAGAGCUGCGCACGCAAGAUGUGGUCAAGGUGCUGACUAACGAGCACAUCAAGAGACAAGGCGAGAAGAUGACAACGGCAACGACAACGGUGAAGACUGAAGAUGCGACAAAAGCAUUCAGUACCGAGCGCAAGCCCUACCAAUGCACAUACUGCGGCAAGGUGGGGCACACGGCAGAGCGUUGCUGGACGAAGCAAAAGGAUGAAAGUCGAGGAGCCCAACGCGGCGACAAUGGUCGUGGACGCGGGGCAAACAAUGUCCAGUGGCGAUAUUAUGAUGAAGGCAACAGCUACGAUCGAGUGGCGUUUGCAGUUUCGUUCGAAUGCGGAGUUCCGACGAACAAGAAUGAACCAGGAAUGUGGGCCGUUGAAAGCGGGGCAACACAUUACAUCUGCCACGACAAGUUCAAGUUUGCAAGUUUGGUCGAAGGCAAUGAUGGCGAGAUCCUGGUGGCUGAUGGCAACAAGGCGGCCAUCAAAGGUGUGGGGACCAUCGUGGAAAAGGUGAUUCUGCCAAACGGGGAAGAGCGCGAGAUCGAGAUCAAGAACGCGCUCUAUGUGCCCAGCAUGAGCAAAAAUCUGCUCUCGGUGCCGCAGAUUAACAAGCACGGCAACUUCCAAGUGGUGUUUGACGGGGAUACGAUGUACGUCGCUCGCAAGGAUUCCAACCAAGUGGUGGCAGCUGCGGAUCUUGUAGACGGACUCUACUGGCUUCGCACGACGCAGCGAUCGGCCAAUGCGACAUCACUCAGCAACGCUGUUGAUCUACAUGCGCGAAUGGGCCAUGCUCCAGUCGACGUGCUUCGCAGGAUGGUGACAAGCCACAUGAUCAAGGACGCUCACAUCCCUUCCAAGCCGAAUGGAUCAAGUGUGUGUCGAGGAUGCCAAGAAGGGAAGAUGGUCCAAAAACCAUUCCCGAGCAACCGUGACAAGCGCACCUACAACACCUCCGAGAUGCUCCACUUCGACAUCUGCGGACCCAUGGAAGAAAAAUCUCUGGGUGGCAGCAAGUAUCUGCUGCUGAUCGUGGAUGAAGCCAGCGGAUGCAUGAAGGGUUUUUGUCUGCAUUCCAAGUCAGAGAGCGAAGAGUGCAUCAAGAAGUACAUCACGAUGAUACAGACGCAGUUCAACAAGAAGGUCAAAUUUGUGCGACACGAUGGAGCCCGCGAGUUUGCGACGAACUCGCUUCAAGAUUUCUACGAAGUCGAAGGCAUCGAGCAACAAACCACGGUGCCAUACGCACAUCAAGCCAAUGGAACUGCUGAACGCGCGAUUCGAACUAUCGUCACCAUCGGUCGUAGCACGCUCCAUCAUGCCAAGUUGGACAAGUGCUUCUGGGCUGAAAGCGGCAAUGACGGCCGUCUAUGUGAAGAACCGUUUGCCGUCACCCAAGAUUCCACACAAGACACCGUUCGAGAUUGUCUACAAUUCUAA